CAAUCUUCUUAGGGUGGUAGUCGGGAAUAAAAACCUACAGCCCCGAGAAUCCGCUCCCUCCAUGUCGUCGGAUUGAAUCUCUCAGCUCUCUCGCAUCUCUCUCUUUCUCGGCUUUACCCUUUCUUCUUCUCCGGCCGGUUUUCUGGCUCAAGCUAUGCUGCAAUAUAUUGUGAGGAGAGCUGCCUCAAGAGCAACAAACAUUACUACGAAACCAAAAUCUGCUGUUUUAGCUGAUAUAAGCUGUAGUAGCAGUGAUAUGGCAGUUUUACAGGUAAAGUUCUAUGGAACCAUUGGUGUGAAUGAGCCUCACUGCAGCCAAGUUGCUCGGCAGAUGAUUCAGUAUGCCCUUAGGCACGCUAGGUCUCAGAAAUCAGGAGAUUCAUACACACAAUCACUAAUGGUGCUGGAGCAAGGGAUUUCCAACUUAAGAGGAGGAGAUUCCACUGAGGAUGCAUUGGGGAUGCUUAUGCUUGCAAUGUCUACUUUACUUUAUGAAAGAGGCGAGCUUCAAGAUUCCAUCGAAAAGCUUCAGAUGGUUCAUGAUUUGGACGGUGGGUCUCUUGCCAUAAAAGUUGCUGCACGGGAAGCUCUGAUAGGUCUAAAUCUUGAGGCAGGGCAGGAUUUCUCUUCGUUGGCCCUCUCAAAUGACUGCCUCCAAUUGUUGAGUAGUAGCUCCGGAGGCAAUUUAUCUAUAUUGGAGGCUACAAGCUCUCGGGCUAAAGCUAUCAAAGGACUAACUCAUCUUAUUCUUGGAGAACUUAAAUCGGCGGAAGCACUCUUUAGUGAUUGCAAAGUGGAUUUUGUGGACAGUACAGAUCAAAUAGGAAAUAUUUCCCUCAGUUAUGGGGAAUUUUCACAUGCUACAGGCAAUUUAUCAUUGGCAGAGGAUUUAUAUGAAAAAGUGCUAAGUGUUCCUGAGAGAGAUGCUAUUUCAGAUAAUUCUUUUAUGUCAUCCUCAAACAUGGUUUCUGAGGAGGUUCUUUUGGGAGCUACUUGUGCACUAGGUCAGCUUCUGUCCCAUUUGGGGAAGUUUAGCGAGGCAGAGGAGCUGCUGACAAAGGCACUUACC